CGCAGACACUCACUAAGAAGGAGCAGAAGAAGGCUCGGCGGUUAUUCCCGCGGCCUCUUGUAUCUUUCAAGGAGUUGCGCACACAGCACAAGAUCUCGCGCCGUCUGGCGGAAAAUAUCGCCGAACAGGGCUUUACUGUGCCUACAGAAGUGCAGUUGGGAACUUUGCCUUUGUUGCUGGGUGACCGGGCGCUUGCCCAGUCGAAGACGGAUGAAACGGUCGAGCCGGAUCUUUUGGUCGUCGCGCCUACGGGAAGUGGAAAGACUCUUUCGUUCUUGAUUCCGGUUAUCAAUAAGAUUGUGCGCCACCACCAUGAGCAGCAAGAAGAGCGAGGCAUUCUUGCGGUGAUUGUUGCGCCGACUAAGGAACUAGCUAGUCAAAUUGUUAACGAAGGGAGAAAGUUGGUCGCGGGGACCGGUGUUAAGAUUACGUUAAUGAAGAAGGGCAUGCAGGUGGUGGAGCGUGAGGAUGGCGAUGAGGACGGUUUGGAUGAGGGCAGUUCUGAAUCUUCCGAGUCGGAGGACGACGAAAAGACUACCGAGAAGAAAAGCAAGGGCAAGGCCCCUGUGACUAAGAGCGACAUUCUCGUAACGACUCCUCUGCAACUGGUUAAUGCACUCUCUGCAAACAAAACUAAACCCAUGGCCACGUUGCCCUUGGUGAGGAAUAUUGUCCUUGAUGAGGCAGAUGUUCUCUUGGAUCCCUUGUUCCGCGAGCAAACUCUCGAUAUCUGGCGCGCCUGCACACACCCCGAGCUUCGAGCAAGUCUAUGGUCAGCUACCAUGGGUUCGAGCAUCGAAGACCUCGCCAAAUCAACAAUCAAAGAGCGCAAGGAUGCUUCAAGUCUCACAAAAUCUUACCCAUUGUAUCGCCUCGUCGUCGGAUUGAAGGACUCUGCCAUUCCCAACAUCCAGCAUAAGCUGGUCUACGCUGCAACGGAACAAGGAAAACUGCUCGGUCUACGACAACUCCUCCACCCCGCCGCUGCGGCAGCAUCAGAUAUUCGCCUUCGUCCGCCGUUCCUGAUCUUUACACAGACCAUUCCUAGAGCCGUGGCUCUCCACUCAGAAUUGCGCUACGAUAUUCCUCCCGAAGCUGGUGGUUCAUCGCGUAUCGCUGUCCUCCACUCCGAUCUUUCGGACGGCCAGCGCUCUGAGAUUAUGAAGAACUUUCGCAAGGGCGAGAUCUGGAUUCUUGUUACAACUGAUCUUCUGGCUCGCGGUAUCGACUUCCGCGGAAUCAACGGUGUUGUCAACUACGAUAUUCCGAACUCAGCGGCUGUUUAUGUUCACAGAGUUGGACGUACGGGCCGGGCUGGUCGUGAAGGUGGUAUCGCAGUGACAUACUACACGAAAGAAGACAUUCCUUACGUCAAGAGCAUUGCCAACAUUAUUGACGUCAGUGAGAAGUUACGAGGAACGGAGGGCGAAAAGUCAGUUCAAAAAUGGCUUCUAGACUCUCUCCCCGAUCUCAGCAAGAAGGACAAGAAAGAGUUGAAGAAACACGGCGUCAAAGCCAGACAGACGAACCUCAAGAGCGUGGCAGAUGACAAGCAGCAGCGGAAGACAAGAAUCAGCACGAAGAGCGGCUUCGAGCGACGCAUGGAAAACAAGAAGAAGGGCGCUAUCGCAGCGAGCCGUAACAGGAAGCUCCAGAGACCAUCGGGCGCGGAGUCUGAUAGCGGCGACGAUGGCUGGGGUGGCAUCCAAGAGUAGAAAACGGGCCAGAAAUCCCAUGCAUAAUACUCUGUACAAAAAUAAAAUUACGAUUCCCCCUCCGAACAAUGGAUACCAAAUCACGAAUUGUCAUUCUGCUUAGCUUGCUGAGCUUGGGCUUGUUGUAAAAGCUGUUCAAUCAACUGCCGCUUCAGAGCAAUAGGCGCAAACGCAUUAUCCAAUUUAUCCUGUUCCUCCAAAACAUACUCCAACUCAUCCCCAUCGCGAUCAAAAUAAACUGCCCACUCCCCAUCCUCCUCCUGCACCGCAUAAAAAUCCGGACUCUCCUCCAGCGUUAUAGUCGUCUCAUCCUCCGUCCAAUCCCACGGUCCAACAACAUGCUCAACACUCGCCGUGCGAUUCCCAUACUUCAGCUCAUGCGUUUCCUUAUCCACAUAAAUCCACCCCAGCAUAGGUGGAUUAUCCGAAAUCGUAGUAACGAGCCCCAAACCGCGCUUCAAAUGUUUCGUCUCCUCAAGCUCCGGAUAAUCAAUGUAAAAGGAAGUGACCGUAUGCGACGGAAGCUUCCGAUUUGAAGGAUUUGGAUCAUCGAGAUAAACCUACACGAAACGUGAUUUCCAGAUCAGCCAUAUGUGCGCGCGCGCGCGCCAAAGAAAACGCAGCGAUGGAGAGCGCCACAUACCUUGUUAUUCCUUAGUACGAA